CAUUAUCUAAAUUUGUAAUAAGCAAACGUUAGGUGUAACAGGAAAGCUGUUAUUGCUUAAUAAGAUAGUCAGCACGUAACAUUAAUGUGUUGUUACCGUAGCUUAGCUUAGCCUUUUAGCUGAGCAGCAUUGCUCAACACAGUUUUCACAGAGAUGGAAGGAACUUAUUCCGGUAACACCUAGCAGUCAGUGUAACUACAAAACCCUCAUUCUUAUGUUGUUGUUGUAAACUGCCGUUGGUGAAAUAGGUUUAUUUCGAAACUGGGGCUGCCUCCAAAGCGUUCCCAACAUGUUGAACAUUCCGACCCAGUCGUUCCCAGCGCCGAGUUCCCAGCAGCGGGUCUCUCCGUCCGGCCAGUCUGGGAGGAACAAGGUGGCCUUGAAGCCUGGACACAGUCUGAUGGACUGGAUCCGGUUUUCGAAGAGUGGAAAAGAUUUGACUGGGCUCAGAGGGCGCCUGAUUGAAGUCACUCAGGAAGAGCUGCAGAAACACAACACAAGAGAUGACUGCUGGACCUGCAUUCGAGGUAUGGUCUACAAUGUGACGCCCUACAUGGACUACCACCCCGGUGGAGAAGAGGAGCUGAUGAAGGCAGCUGGCAUAGAUGGCACUGACCUGUUUGACCAGGUGCAUCGCUGGGUGAACUAUGAAUCCAUGUUAAAAGAGUGCCUGGUGGGCAGGAUGGCCACAGCUAUUAAAGCUAUCAUCCCUCCUGCUCCUCCUCCUCCACCAACUGGCCUGGCGCCUCCUGUCUCACUGGCUCCUCCCCCAGACAAAGACUCUCGCCCUCGGUAUGACUGGUUCCAGACUGAUAUGUCUGUUCAUCUGGUCGUUUAUGCUAAACGGAAGCUCCCCAGUACUGGCUGUACCAUCGUGGACCUCGAGGCAGAUGUUCUUCGACUAGAAGUGCUGCUGGGGAAAAUGUCCUACAUGAUACAUUUACGUUUAGCUGAUGAAGUUGAAGGAAAUGUUACCGUCCACACUGCCUUCUUAGUGGGGAAGAUCCAGGUCACCAUACGCAAACAGGUUAAACGAAAAUGGACAAGUCUGGGUCAGCCGCUAGAAUUUCACAAUACAUUUCUACGCAAAAAAGACAGAGCCCUGUACUAUCGGGAUUGCUUGUUGGUGUCUAAGACUGAGGUGACUCAUAACACCCAUCUGUUCAGAUUGCAACUUCCGCGUGGGACUGUCAGGCAUGUACCUGUUGGAAAACAUGUCUACCUCAAAGCCCUCAUCCAAGACACUGAGGUAGUGAGACCUUACACUGCAGUAGAUCAGAGCCUGGCAGCAGCCUCCCAGCCCUCGUCGCAGGAAUCGGACCUCUACCUCAUGAUCAAAGUGUACCCCGACGGUGUGCUCACCUCAUAUCUCAACAGCCUGCACGUUGGUGACCAUAUAUCUGUUAGUGGUCCUGAGGGUACCUUCAGUCUCCGGCCCCUUCGUGAUAUCACAUACCUCUACCUUUUAGCAGCAGGCACCGGGUUCACGCCUAUGGCUCGCCUCAUCCAAACGGCCCUAAAGGAGGUUGAUACCAUCAGAAAAACCAAGCUGCUCUUUUUUAACCGACAAGAGGAGGACAUUCUGUGGCGCUGUGAGCUGGAUGAACUGGCUGCUAGUAAUGACAGGUUUCAAGUGGAGUAUGUCCUCUCGGAGCCCUGUGAAAGCUGGACAGGCAGGAAGGGACGGGUGGACGAGUCCAUGCUGAAGGAUUUCCUCAGCAGGCCAGAUGGUUCCAAAUGCUAUGUGUGUGUGUGUGGCCCCACUGCCUUUACAGAGCUAACAAUAGGGUUGUUGAAGCAGCAGGGCUUCAGUGAAGAGGAGCUCCACGCCUUCCAAGGCUGAUGAGCCUCUGCCUCAGCCCAACUCCACGUUGCAAACACUGUGUGUGCCUGUAAGUGACUGAGUCAAUUUUAAUGUAUGUGUUUGUGAGAAAUGAAAGGAACAUUGUAUUUCUAUGCACCAGGGACUUGAUGAUGCUCUCAGCAGAGAGCACACCCCAGGCUUUAAUGGUCUGUAAAGAAAAUCAGAGAUUCCCUUUGAGUCUGGACAGUUUGGUCAGUGUCUAAAGAACAGUUCAUGACAACUGUAAGUUGAAACAUUUAAAGUGUGUAAAAUGAAAGCAUUUAAAUAUAUUUAGACAAAGAUAAACGAAUGAGAUUGUGUAAACCUGGGUGGGUGGGCUUUAUGCAAUAUACAACCCCGAUUCCCAAAAAGUUGCAAUGCUUUGUAAAACGGAAAUAAAAACAGAAUGUGAUGAUUUGCCAUCCCCUUUCAACAUAUAUUCAAUUGAAUGCAAUACGGAGACAAAGGUGUUUAAUAUUCAAACUAAUGCGUCAUUAUUUUUGGGGAACACUUUAUGUUAAAGUCCUUAUAACCUGUUACUAUGUCAUAAGAAUUAUGUGUUAUGUCACAUUAUUAUGUGUUGAUAAUACUUAGAAUGUACAAUGUUAAAAAUAAAAUCUUACAACAAUAAUAAUAAACAUAAUAAGAUACUUGUUAACAGUUUAUAGGCCCUUACAGAGCAUUUUUGCUCCUUUAUUAUGAUUAAUAUAUACUGUAUUGUGCAUUUAUUAGCAGUUUAAUAUGCACUUACUAACAGUCAACUAGGAUUUUUACAGCUAUUGAUAUAAAGUGAGAACAGUUCCUUAUUAAUGGUAAUAAAUCUUUUUAUUAUAUACUUAGUAACAGUUAACUAUGCAUAUUCACAGCUCCCCAUCUGUAAUGUGCAUUACAUGUGGUCAAAACUUUACAUAUAAAUACAGUUGUGUUCAGCAAUGAAACUCAAAACACACUUUAAGCUCUUUUGGUUAUUUUAAAAAACUUCUAAUCUCUUACAAUAUUAUUAUAUAAUACUAUAUAUUCUUUAUUAUUUUGUUGUUUUUUAUUUAUUAUUAUAUUUUGUUUUAAUGUGGAUAUGUGAAUAGAGGUGCAUAUAUGUGUUGGAGUGUGUGUAUCUAUGUACUGCUACGUAGAAUGUGUGUGUGUGUGUGUGUGUAUUAACAUUCUCCCUUUAGGGUACACAACAAAUCUCGUACUUUCUUUUAUUGCUUUGACAAGCAUGACAAAGCAUUGUGAUUCUGAUUGUGACUUAGAUGUCACGUCACAUGGCAGUCAUGGGAAUAAAAAGAUAAUUCUCUUAAACAUUGCCUCAAGCAGGCCUUUGACAAUAGUACAAUUGUUAGUACAGUUACAGCAAUUAAAUUGUAUAUCAUAAAAGUUAAGAUGUGAAACAUCACUAAUGACAUAAACCAAAUAAAAAAUAGUGCACUAGUAACUUAAAAACUGAGGUAGGUUUUAGUUGAAAAAAAUAUUCUAUUGAACAAUGUAUUUAUCAUACAUCUUAAUGAUCAGAAACAAUAUAACACCACUUUAGAGAGGAAGAAUGCCUAGUUUCCGUGCAGUGGUAGUGGAGGUAAGACAGUAAUAAUACUGCAGUACUGUUCCACUGCUACUUGUUCACAGUGUUGUUCACACUGUCUAAUAUAUCAACACACAGAGUGUUUUGCUGAUAGCAACUGUUGUCUCUUCGAAUUGGAAGGGAAAAUGAGGGUUCCAGACAUUCUGAGAAAAGCCUCUAUUCUCUCCAGUUGUUGGCCAGUGCUUAUGUAGUGGCAAAUAUAUCAUGCAUCCGUAAUAGAAAGAGUCUCGAAUGUAAUUUGUAGAUUUAAAUUAAGUUAUCAAUUUAAAGUAAAUUAUUAAAAAAAUAAUUUAUAAAAAAGAGAGAGAGAAGAGAGGAAAAAAGACAAUCUUGUACUCACUGCCAGUUUGGAAGUAUUUGGUAUAUUUCACUACUAUUUCCAAUGUUGCAUCCCUUAGCACAAUGUCUUUGUUGGCUAGUUUUUAAAUCAGAUUUGAUUUUUGUCACACGUUUGAUGCUGCUGAAUCCCAGUCUGUCAAUCUUUCAUUGAGUGCUUGACAGCACUUGUUCUUCUAUAUAAUAGAAUGAUGUUUGAAUUAUCUUAGAAGUAUAUCAAUAGAAAUGUUAAAUCUUAGUUUUUAAGGUACGGUUGUGUUGUUUAUUAGUCAGUACUAUUAGUCAUGUUUUAUAUCACGUUUUAUAAGAUACAGUUUACCUCAAUUAAAAAAAAAAAAAGCUGUCUUCUGUGAAAACAUUGUAUUUAUAGGUUAUUUUUAUUUUUCUAUUUUAUCAGUUUUGACCACAUGUAGUGCUCAUUCCAGAUGGGGGAGCAUUGUUAAUUGUUAAAAAGUGUAUGAUAAAAGAUAAAUCAAUGUCAAUAAGGCAUUGAUUUAUAUUGGUAACUGUAAAAAUAAUAGUUAACUGUUAGUGAAUAUUAAACUGUCAAUAAAUGAAUAAUAAAGAAUAUAUUAAUCUUAAUAAAGGGACAACAUACAGGUAAAAGCUUCGACAAUAGUAGUUAACUCAAUAUAUGUAAUCCUAUUAUAAAUAAUUGUAAGGAACUCAACACUUUUAUUGACUUUCUUAAGCAGUCUAUAAACUGUUCCUAGGUGUUCUUAUAUUAUCUUCUUACAAAUUAAAUAAUUAAUAUUAAAGAUUGGGUUGGUAACAUACUUUUAAUCAUUUUUUGUGGUUGAAUUUGUAAAAACUUUCUUAAGAUCCUAACAGAAAUCAAUAAAUCAAAUGCUAUGAUUUAAAAAUAAAAAACAAACAAACUUAUGUAACACAUAUCUCCCAGCUGAAGGGACCACUCAGUGUGUCAGGACUUAGGCAAUUUGCAUUCAUUUAUUUCAGAGGAGUGGCUUUGGUGGAAAUUCUGAAGAGAAAGAGUGAGAUUUUCUUCUGUUGGAUGCUUUCAAAAUCAGGCUAAUCCUGCAUGUUUUUCCAACUUUACCAACCCCAGCUUUAAUAUAAUAAUAUUUUAAUGAUUAAUAUUCAUAACAUGUAAACAUGUUUAUUAUUGUCAUUUAAUACAAACACUUAAUAAUGUUAAUAAGCAUCUUAUAAGGCCUUAUAAGGGCCUCAUCAAGCCCAGACUGUUCAGCAACUGGACAUCAUAGUACAUCAUACAUGAAUUGGAAAACAUUUCACUAUCAAAACUUCUGAAACUAGUGUCCUCGCUUCCCAAAUGCAUCCUGGUUUUAUUUAUGUUUUACUUUGUGUCACAUUUUUUGAAACUGGGAUGAGAAUUAACAUGGGAUUUGAAGUGCGUUGCACAGGAUCCUCUUUUAUCUAUUUGCAACCACUGCAGUGAAAUAAAAUGUAUUAUGAUGAAA